CUCAUCUGGAAGUGUAAUAAUAAUCCUUCUUGGUUUGGCAAUAGCUUAGGUGGUGGAAGUUCAUGUGGUUUCAUUCCAUGUUUUAAUCCAUGCAGUGGUGGUAACACUAACAUUAUCAAUAUUGAUAUCGAUAUUGGUCAUCGUCGUAGAAGAUGCUGUUAA